UUGCCAUCGCCGCUGCAGCCGCUGCGACUAUGCUCGAUCCAAGGGAGCUCUUCGAGUGCACGCUUCCAGCACAUGAUGCUUCAGAUGUCAUUCGCGUUCUAGCUUCCGUAGAGGAAUACGAUGGUGAAUCUUCUUCGUUCAUGGUCUCGAUUGCCAAGUCGUGUGUCCUCGUGCAAGGCGAUGGAGAAGUCAUCUCACUUCCAUGCGACCCGUCCAGCGCGUCAUUAAGCCUCGACGGCAUGGUUGUGGUGGGGUGGACGUCCGGGAAAACACUUCAUGCGUAUUACGGGGGUGAAGCUAUUUUGUCCCGGACAGUGGACCUUCCGUCUUCCGCGUGGAAGUCAUUCCUUGUCAAGAGCCGUGUUGCCAGUGCCUCCUUGUUUGAAUUCGUUCUGCUUGUCGUUUGUGUUGAUGGAUCGGUGUGCCGCGUCCGUGUCCAAAGUGCGCACGACACGAUCCAGCACUUGGCACAAGUGUCGCAAUCGCAUCCGACUCUCACAGCGUGCGACUUCCACGCCGACGGACGACUCCUUGUCCUCGCAGGCGGCAUUCGCAGCAACGCAAAGGACAUGGAGCAUGGAUCGAGUCUCAGUAUCUGGAACAUUCACGACGAAUCGUCCGAGCUGUUGCACUACUCGACCGUCCUCGCUCACGACAACACCAUCACUGACAACGGAGCAAAGACCGACUCGACUUCGUCGUGGUGGUCGUUGCUGUCGUCUGCCGAGCAACUCUAUCCAGGCUGCAUCCAAGACGUAGUCCUUUCCCCAGACACCCGCCUCGUCGCCCUCCGCGACAGUUCAGGUCACGUCUCCAUUCGGACGGUCGACACGUGCGCGACGAUUGUGCCUUGGACGCUGGUUGGUGAGGCGCCGGUGCGCAGUAUCUGCUGGUUCGAUCCACAUCAACUGGUGACUGUCGUUGCGUCCCACGCGGCCCCCGUCGUGUGCACCAUCCACGACGACUCCCUCGCCGCAACUCGUGCCCCCGUCGUCGAUUCCUCUGCACCAGCUACCACAAGUCACGCGUUGGUGGCGAGGUCCUGCACUCGAUUUUACCAUCUCGUAUGCCGCGACGAACCCAAGGCGCUAUGGACAGUGGUGGAGUAUGAAAACGUCCCUGUCCAUGUUGUGUUUUUACGCCACGUGGCCAGUGGUCGCUUUUCCGACGCGUUGGCGCUGGCGGCACAGCAUUCGCUGGACGCGGAUAUCGUGCACAAAGCGGCAUGGCAACAGUUUGUGCAGCGCUCGCCGACGCUGCCGCCAACGCAGCUCGAGCACGAUCUCGACGUUGUGUUGACAGCCCAUGCGACCAACCUUUGCGACAAAUCAUGGACACUCGACACGAUCAAGCAGUGCGUUCUAGACACUCCUGCAGCUUGCCAUAGCGUGUGGUCGUUUGGGCUGUCGCUGGACGCGGCCGACGUGGGUCUGCAGCAAUUGCUGGAUCGGUUGGAAACGUUUUUGCAACUUGUGGCGGCUGACAACAGCAACGAGUUGCACGACGCUGCGUUUGACUUGACGCGCGCCAUGGCCGACUUGGCCGACUGCUUUGACGUGGCAUCGUUCCAGCACUAUCUGGACGUGUCCUGGCUCGACAUUGCCAUCGAGUUGGCGACGGCCGGUCGCAUCGCGGCGCUGACGGUGCUGAUGGCACGGCAUGGCUACCACGUGCUUCCUCAUCGGUUGGCGAUUCUCAGCGCGCUGCCGGCUUCCAUCCCACCGCGGGCAUUUCAGCACUUGCUGCCAGCGAUUCCAUCGACUGGGUCCAACGCCGCCGAUGUCCCUAUUCCUUCCUACUCCCUUGGAAGCGAUGGGGUCAGUAUUGUGCCAGCGCCACUUCGCGUCGCACCGGACGUGACACUGGCGGUCGUUGCCUCGUAUAACGACGCGCUUUCGUCCGUCGGUGGCAUCGAAUCUCGUCGCAAAGCCGUUGGCGAUUGGUUUGCAGCUCGGUGCUUUGAAAUGGACAGCUUGUUCGGGUUGCUCGAAGACGCAUGUGCGCUUCUGGCGCUGGCAUGGCGGUGUAUCGGCGGCAACUCGAACAACAAACGUGCUCUCUCUAUCGAGUCUAUGCACGAAGGGCUGGCCAAGCUGCAGCGCGAGUUUGACGAGUUGCACCUGUUCGUGUACGAGUUUGAGCUAACGCCGACGUGGACGAUUCAAGAGUGGCAGCACCAAGAGGCCACCGGGGCGUCCCCCCAGGCAAAGAUCGAGAUGGUUCGCCAGAACGACGCAACGUCGGACAAGCUCCGAACCCUCCUGCACCGCGGCUACAUCACGGAAGGGGACUUGUGUGCUUACAUUAUCUCCAUGGACAAGACCCUCUUGACCAACUUGAUGUGGGCAUCGACCAUCGUUGCAGCUAGCAGCCCGAUUGCGUCGAACGCGCCCAGCUCGCGAUACUUUCGAGACAUGCCCACCCUCGUGACAGUUGUGCUUGCAUGCUGCUUUGGAUUUGUUCUCGAUGGUCCCGAUGGCGACGCAAAGCACGACGAAUCCCAAGACUUCAUCGAGUGCGCAUGGUCCAUGUUUCAAACCCUGCCGAAACAACUCCCGAACCCUUCGCUACAAGACCAAGCGGAUACGUUGGAGCAUUUGAUGACUGGCAUGGAGAUCUUGGCAUCUUACGGCGUGUACAGAAGCCCGAAAACGCUUCGGGCCGGUGCAUCGUCGGGCUCGUUGGCAGCCGAUCUUGUCGUACAUUGCUGCCAAGUAGCAGCCACCUCGACAGGUCCUCUCAACGUGGAAAAGGUGCUGGACGACAUGUUACAACUUCAGGAACACGCGUUUCCGAUGGCUCUGUCGACCGAUGCGACCCACGCCCUCGUCAUGAAGACGCUGUUGUCCGCGGCCACAGACGCAUCGCCCCAGCUUCGCCAGUUGUGCCCCGACCCGCUCCUUCUCGUCGAUGCCGCCAAAGCUCAUUUCAAAAACGCGGCAUCGUCGACGUCCCCUGAAGUGUCCCUGGCGCUGACAUAUUUUGCGUGGGCCGCCUCCGACUCGACCAACGACGGCAUCGACGACUACUCGGACUACACGGCCAUUCUCGACGCCACUCAAUGGCUGGAACAAUGCCAAGGGCAUCCAAUCCCGCCUGCAUCCAUCUUGUUGCUUUCCCCGACCGACAGACUCGCGUUCGUCCAGGAAUUGCUACUGCAACGGCCCCAUGAAUGCCUCCAACACGUUGCGCAACUGUCGAAAGUGGCAAAAUGGUUGGACUUGACGGAACACGAGCUUCAAUUGUGGAUCUGGGCAGCGUACGCGCACCUGCAGACCGGCCACGUUGCGGAAGCCAUUCAACUCACGAUUUCGAUGCUUGGAAAGUUGAACCACCGCCACGACAAGGACGCGUAUGUGGCGCAAGCCACGUCGCUCGCGUUGGAUUUGGCCGCUCUGUCUGGGGGGCAUUACGAGGCGCGACGAGACCUCUGCCGCGCUGCGCUCGUGGUUGUAUCGGACGCGUCGUCGUUUCUCGCGUUGCUCGAAUCCGCCAAGCAACUGGAUGCGGUUGUGCAAGCCAUGACUGUCCUCCAGCUCACGGAUGCCGACGUGGCACUUGAAAAGUCGGACGACAAAAUACCCAUCGCCGACUGGCUGUACGAUCAACUCACUGUGCACCAAGAAGUAGUGCACAUGCAGCCGCGACUCCUCCAGCAGUCUCUCAAGGCUACGAUGCAGUUGCUUCUGGCGUUUUCAACCAGUCUGGACCACAGCAGCCACAUCGUUGACGCGUUGUGCAAAGACGGCGCCGACCAGCGCGAUCAAAACCUCAUCGCUGCACGUCCAUUCCCUCGCGUGGUGGGGCAACUCGCGGCUUCGCUCCUGCAGACUGGUGACGUUGAUAUGGCUGUCUCUCAUCUCGAAACUCUACCUGUCUCGCAAGCGUACGAGAUCUGGGUGGCCGCAUGUGCCGGUCUCGAGGCGAACCCGACUGCCCAAACCGAAUUGGCGCAAGUGGCGCAUGACUUCUUUACGUUCGGCAACCACGUCGACCUGGCAGGUCACUUUGCGUCGCUGCAAGUGGCGUCCAAGCAAGCGGCCGACCUCGACGCCCUCGAAGCGUUGCAUCCGUCCGUGGAUCGCUCUCGCUUUGAAGUGGACGUCGUGUAUCGGUACGCCGCGCUUGUGACGGUCCUGCAUGAAGACGACUCCCACCGCUCGAUGGUGUUUGCACUGUGUGAUCAGUAUCGCAUGCACCGAUGGGAGUUGUGUGUUGAGUUUCUCGAGUCGUUGGUCGUCGACGCCGAUCGUGUGGCGACUCGCGAUGUCGAGCUCAAAAAAGCGCAGCUGCCCGUGGACGAGAACGGGCAGACGUUGCUGGAGCUCACCUUGUCGCAGCCGGACGCGUUGAGCCAGCGGCUGCUGCACUCGACAUGGAACCGUGUGAACCCGUACGACUCGAUCGCGUGGGAGUAUUUGUGGCGCCUUUGCUUGGCAUGCCAGAAGCGACGUCCGCACCUGGACGAGUGCAUCCCAGUCGACCGUCUCAAGUUGUUCAUAGCGUGCGCAAAGAAACUCCGCGAGUCUGGCGUAUCCAUCGAUCUCGCGCACUUUUGCGGGCCUGUGACGUCCCCUCCGGACGUCGCGCUCGCGGUGCAAGCCGCGAUUCCCGUCGUGUCUGGCUCGUCCAUCAAGAUGUUGGCCAUGCUCCUCUCCAAACUGCAUGGUGUGCCUGCCAGUGCCCUGAUCAUGAUCUAUAUCGACAUGCUCUGGACGCACGAAACGUGCCCCGAGAAAGCGUACGACGCCGCGCGGCCGUUCUUGGCAGGAUUGACGACGGACCACGUCGUGAUGUUGGUCCAGCACUUUGUGGGAUUGCCUGUGGUGGCGUCGCUUCCACUUGAGCCGUUGUAUGGCUACACAUUUCAGAGCCGUCGAUCGUUUCCACUACGCCUGACGCCUCCCAAACGCCAAGAGAUCGUGUGUGACUUGUACAACAUGGUGCUAGGCCGACCAGGACCUGGUCGGUCGGAAGGGGUCCCAGUGCUCGAGACGCACGUGUUGUGGAGCACGUUGCUGGCGUUUGUCGACGCAGCAAAUGUCCCGCUCUCACCGACACUUGUCAUGAGCGCCAUGGCGCCAGCAAAAGAUGCGUCGACGCCACCGUUUGACCAGGUUAUCGCAGACACGUGCUCGCGCGGGCUGUCUUUGCGCCAAGUUCGAACACUGCUGCAACUAACGUCGGCGCUGGACCACGAUCGCGACCACCUGCCUUUGUUCCAGCGACACGUUGCCGACUUCUUGAGCGCGCACGUGCCGACUCUCCAUGACGUCGAUCACGCGUCGACGCCCAAGGGCAAUAAAGUGUACGAGUACUUGGUCAUGAAGUGGACGUCGACGGCGGAGCCCUGCGCGGUGUCGCUUCCGUCGCCGAUGAAGCUCCGCGAUCUCGAGCCUCUCGAGACUUUGUUUUGCUCGACCGUGCUUUCGUGGUUGGACGGUGUCGAGCUGUCCUCGACUACGGUCCUGUUGCUCAAGUGGCUGCACGACAUUGUUCCGACCACCGUUUGCGAUGCCUGGAACCUCCCGUCCGCGUCGAUUGUCGCCAUGCUGUACGACCUCCACGGCGCCAUCAACUGGAAACAGCAUCAGAGCCAAGUCACAACGGACUUCCCCGCUGUGUUUGCCCUCGCGCUGGAAGCCGUCGCCGACUCGCCUGACCUGAAUGAAGGCUUAGCCCGGUUGUUGAUCCAGUGGGAAAGCACGCACGUGUCGUCGCGUGCUCCAGCGUCGACGUCAUGGCCAAUGCAACUCCGCCGUGCCUUGAUCGAGACGAUCGAGUUAGAUGAGGAUGUGGUGCCAAGCGCAGCGCCAGAGACGACACUGGCAGGUGGCCGUGACUUGUGGGACAGUCUUUGGAAACGCCGGCACUGGUGUGAACCUGCAUUGGAUGCGUUGCUCCGCAACACACCGAGCGCGUACGCUAGCCUCACGGAAGCCGCCGCCUUCCGAUUCUUGACGACAUUUGGGUUCACGGCGGUGGCGUUGUUGAGCCCUUUUGAACGCGUGCACAAGGCUGCGCUGCGCCAACUCGACUGGGCCAACCUCACGGGUUCGCACGUUGAAUUGGUCCUCGUGCGCUUUUCGCUGCAAGAACUUCAAAUGUGGCCGCAAGUGCCAUGGGAGCGCUUCGUCCUGCACUGCCAUCGUGUCGAUCGAUUGGCGGCACAACGCAGUGCGUCGGACGCGCUAGUCCAUCACGCGUUGACGAGUGCGUUGCACCUUGUGGUUGGCUUUGUGGUCGAAGAAGACUUUGCCAUGGCCAGCCGCAUCCUGUGCCAAGCUGGCCACAUCCAUCCCAUGCUUUGGAACACCAAUCUGUACGAACCGCUUCUCCGGCAAUUUCUCGCUGGAUGGAAACGUUUCAAGACGUUGGAUGGACCUCGCCAAGCGCUCGUGGACAAGCUGGCUUACUUAAUUGAAUAGGAAGUCGUCUCGCCAUCUCCAACUUUGUCGACACUGAGCAAGUGGCGCGCUCGACGGACUGAUGUCGUG